AUGUUAUUGCUUGGCAUAAACCUUCUGCUGUAUGGCGGAUCUGCUUCUCUGCUGGUACUAGAUUACCCUGUUUCCUUAUACUACGCAGACUCCCGCCUCUCAACCGUUCUUUGGCUCCGACCUGCCUACUGCCUGUAUGAACAGUGGACCAGAGAGGACCUGGAUCCUAGCCAGGCCUCCCGGGAGACAGCUACCAUAGAGGUGGAAGUGAAACCAGAAGGACACAACCACACUUAUAAGAUUGGUCGGAGGUUCCCUAUACCCUAUUGUGGCCCAAUGACAGAGGAGCCUUCAAUCACAAAAGACCUUGCUUAUGAGGUGGGGCCCACCUUAGUUUGCCUCCAUGACAACUGCACGAAAGCAGUCCUUCCUGGGCGAGGGUACAGUGUUCGGUACCUUCUCUACAAUCAAGUCCAGACCCUCCUUGCUGCAACCAACUGGUCCCGGCCUUUCCACACACGAGGUCUACCCAUCAGUUUCCGUUCCAUAGAUGUUGCAUUCGGAGGCCUCUCAGGAGGGCUGGUGGCUGUCAUAGUCGUGCUAAGCAUCACCGUGUUCCUACUUUUGGGGGCUGCUUGGUUAAUCGUGCCAGGGUGGCAGCAGUGA